GUGAGUGCAUGAGUCCACGAGUCACCCUGUCAGCACCACUUUUCCAUUUAGGAGUAAGCAAUAAGAAUAAUAAGGGGAAAGCGGAAAUAUUUUCACAUUUUCUCAGUCUCAACUCUCAAGCACAGAAGCUCUCUUCCUCAAUCAUGAGCAACGAAUACGAUUAUCUCUUCAAGCUUCUGCUGAUUGGAGACUCGUCCGUAGGAAAAUCCUGUCUGCUACUCCGAUUUGCCGAUGAUUCCUAUGUAGAUAGCUACAUAAGCACGAUUGGAGUCGAUUUUAAAAUAAGAACCGUGGAGCUGGAUGGGAAGACUAUCAAGCUGCAGAUUUGGGAUACUGCUGGACAGGAGCGGUUCAGGACUAUAACGAGUAGUUAUUACCGUGGUGCCCAUGGGAUAAUUAUUGUCUAUGAUGUUACUGAGAUGGAGAGCUUCAACAAUGUCAAGCAGUGGUUGAAUGAGAUUGAUAGAUAUGCAAAUGACAGCGUGUGCAAGCUCCUAGUUGGGAACAAAUGUGAUUUGGUUGACAGCAAGGUUGUGGACACCCAAACUGGAAAGGCAUUUGCUGAUGAGCUUGGUAUUCCUUUUCUUGAGACCAGUGCGAAAGACUCAAUCAAUGUGGAGCAGGCUUUCUUAACCAUGGCUGGCGAGAUUAAGAAAAAAAUGGGUAACCAACCACCUGCUGCCAAGUCAACAGGAACAGUUCAAAUGAAGGGGCAACCAAUUCAGCAAAAGAGCAACUGUUGCGGUUAGCAUUUCUGCUGUUAUAUUUUCUGUCAGAAAAUAUGUAAGACGGUAAACUGUGUUGACUAUAUCGACAUAUGGAUGUUUAAGAAACUGUUAAAAGACAUCGCCUGCUUGAAUCCUGUGUGUGGGGAAAAAUGAAAUUCAAACAAGUUAUCACCCUAGCCUGUACUUUUUUAGAAAUUGAAACAAAUCAUGCUUACAUUA